AUGCCAACCCUUCAACACAGCAAGCUAGCCUUCAUUGGCGGUGGAAAUAUGGCUUCUGCCAUCAUCCAAGGCCUUCUGAAGCAGGGAAUCACGGGUGGAAACGUCACUGUCUCGGAGCCGUGGGAUGUCAAUCGCGAAAAGAUCGCGGCCCUGGGAGUUCGCACGACGACUUCGAAUGUUGAAGCUGGAGGAGAAGCGGAUAUUGUGAUCCUUGCAGUCAAGCCUCAAGUGACGCAGAGUGUGUGCGAAGAGCUGGCCACUGCUUGGUCACAGAGAUCGACAUUACCUAUUGUUGUCAGCAUUGCCGCGGGUAUUACCCUGAAGAGCUUGCAAGAAUGGACCACGACGAGCGAUAGAAGAACUGCCCACACCGUUCGCGUUAUGCCGAACACCCCGGCGCUGGUUGGCGAAGGUGCUUCUGGACUCUUUGCAAGCCCGGAUGUGACAGAAGCUGAAAAGAAACUGGUGGAUGAACUUCUUGGCAGUGUUAGCAAAGCCACUGAGUGGGUGGACAGAGAAGAAUUGUUGGAUGUAGUGACUGGUCUGUCAGUCGCUAGUGCCGAAGCCCUAGGACUCCCGAAAGAGCAGGCUACUCGACUGGCUACACAAACAUGCCUUGGAGCGGGCAAGAUGCUCGUUGAGUCGUCGGAUGACCCCGCCCAGCUGCGCAAGAAUGUAACCAGUCCGAAUGGGACUACCUAUGCUGCGCUACAGACAUUUGAAUCGCUAGACUUCAAACAAAUAGUGGACAAGUCCGUUCAAGCUGCAACCCACCGAGCUGCUGAGCUAGGAGGUGCUCCCAGAAAACCUUAA